GAGAUCGGACUCUAUUUGGCUCCAGUUGGUUCCUAAACGCCUGUAUUUCCAACACCUCUUAGAAAGUGCAGCACAACAGAAACAUGAGGCAGCGCUGCGCGCUCAAACAUGGAAUAUUCAAGGAAUUCCUGGCAGAAUUCCUGGGGACUUUUGUCUUGGUAUUGUUUGGCUGCGGCUCAGUUGCUCAGACUGUCCUGAGUCGAAACACGCUGGGGGAGCCUCUUACCGUCCAUAUCGGCUUCUCUGUGGGCCUCAUGAUGGCAGUGUACGUGGCUGGUGGGAUUUCAGGAGGCCAUGUGAACCCUGCUGUGUCUCUGGCUAUGGUGAUUCUGGGCAAACUGAAGAUCUGGAAGUUUCCCUUCUAUGUCAUGGCUCAGUUCCUUGGUGCUUUUGCAGGAGCUGCAGCAGUCUUUGGAUUGUAUUAUGAUGCUUUCAUGGACUUCACAAGUGGUAUUCUGUCAGUGACAGGAAUCAAUGCCACAGGCCACAUUUUCGCCUCCUACCCAGCCAGACACCUGUCGGUCCUCGGAGGCUUCAUUGAUCAGGUUGUUGGGACAGGCAUGCUGGUUCUCUGUAUUCUGGCCAUCAUUGAUGGCGGAAACAUUGGAGCUCCCAAAGGCGUGGAGCCGCUCGCCAUCGGCCUGAUCAUCAUGGCCAUCGGUGUGUCCAUGGGGCUCAACUGUGGCUACCCGCUGAACCCUGCCAGAGACCUGGGACCACGUCUGUUCACGGCGGCAGCAGGAUGGGGGAUGGAGGUCUUCAGUACUGGAGGCUACUGGUGGUGGAUCCCAGUGGCAGGGCCCAUGGUGGGAGGAGUGGUGGCCGCCGUCCUCUACUUCCUGCUCAUCGAGCUUCACCACCCCCAUGAAGAGGGGGAGGCGGCUCUUGAGGUGGAGGAAGAGGAGGAGGAGGACGACGAAGAGGACGAGGACAGCAGUCUAAAGGACAAAUAUGAGAUGAUCACCAUGAGUUAGAAACGUGAUCAUUAGUGCACCGUUUUCCACCUGUGAAGACGUUUCUACAGUCAGUGUCUUCUCCUUAUUUGACGUUCAUGCGGUGCAGAGAAUUUAUUCAAGGUCAACUCUGACCCGACGUGAAGCUCCACAAGUGAAAUAAAGCUGAAGCUGGUUUGAAUCAGAAAGACACACAGACUCCUUAUAAAUCCUGUCUUUUUGUAAAUGACCAUCAUGUAUGUUUAAUUUUAUCCAUUAAUAAAAUAAGGUAGUCUUUUACUGACCUUCCCUUUAGUUUUGAUCCCAUAACCAUCAAUUAUUUAAUAAUUUGUUUAUAUUUGAAUUUUUCUUCUAUAUUAUGACAAACUUUUUUUGCAUCCUCUCCUGGAUUUUAAUUUUUUUGCAUUUAUUUUACUACUGAGCAUUAUAAGUCUGAAUUAAAGUUUACACAAAUAA